CAGCUCGGUUGGAGAGCCGCGGUCCCGGAGUCUACAAGCUUUCCAUCUCUCGCAGCUUGCUUCUCAGCCUAGCCCAGCUUCACCAUGGUGGACGCCUUCGUGGGCACCUGGAAACUAGUGGACAGCAAGAAUUUCGAUGACUACAUGAAGUCACUUGGUGUGGGCUUUGCUACCAGGCAAGUGGCCAGCAUGACCAAGCCCACUACAAUCAUCGAAAAGAAUGGGGACACCAUCAUCUUAAAAACACAGAGUACCUUCAAGAACACGGAGAUCAGUUUUCAGCUGGGGAAGGAGUUUGAUGAGACUACAGCAGAUGACAGGAAGGUCAAGUCCACUGUGACGCUGGAUGGAGGAAAACUUGUCCACGUGCAGAAGUGGGACGGGCAAGAGACUACACUUGUGCGGGAGCUAAAUGAUGGGAAACUCAUCUUGUGUUAUGCUGUCACAUGCAGGGGAAGCCUGAUGACUGGAGGCACUGAUGGACAGCACAACCCUUUCUUCCCCAUUCCAACACUCACCCAUGGCAGUGUAGUGUGCACUCGCACUUACGAAAAAGAGGCAUGACGCACCAGCACUGUCACUGACUGUUCCUCUGUCAACUGGCCACCCCUGGACUCAGCACCACAUUGCCUCAUUUUUUUCCUCUGGAAUUUUGUAUAAACCUACUUUGAGGAAUUCUUCUGGGAUCAGGUGACACCAGCCUGCAUCCCCAGUUUCCAUUGUGUAUGUAUGUGUUCCUUUUCUUCUUUUUUUUUUUAAACUGUAUCCAAUAUGCUCUGAAGUCAAUAAAGCAGAGCAGAGGCCA